AUGGAGAUGAUAAACAUUAAUUGCAAACUCAGGAUUAACUGCAGCAGUGGGAACGAGUCUCCUCGUGGGAUUGAGUGUCGCAGCGGCGGCGAUUGUCGGGGCAGCGGAGACAAGAACACUGCAUACAAAGUUGGAAAUGAGUUCCCUGUACAAGAAUUGAAACAAGAUGUAUCUAAAAAGAUUACUGGAAGUAUUAUUGAGGAAAGUUAGAAAGUACUGCAACUUGAGGAUGACUCUUUGGAUUCCAAAGGGAAAGGACUCUCUGAGCAGGCCACUGCAAGUUCUAUCACGGCUGGAACAGAUCUUAGCAAUAUACCUGGACUGUUAGCCAUAGAUCAAGUACUACAGUAAGAUUCCAAAAAAGGAGAGAGUCAGAAUGUAUUUGAAGAAACUGAAUUAGAAUCUAAAAAAUGUUUUCCUUCUGAUGACACCUAUGAGAAGCCAGCAGAUGAAACCACAAUGUUAACUGAAGUAAAUUCAACUGAGCAGCUUAAUGUGCCUGAAACUGAAGGAGAAGUAGUGAACAAGGAAGCCACGGAAGUCAAACCAAGUGAUGUUCUAGAACCUGCAUCCUCAAAUUCCUCAUCUACUAAAGAUUUUACUGCAAUGGAAGAAGUAGCUCCUGCCAAACCUCCGAGACAACUUACUCCAGAACCUGAUAUAGUGGCUAGUACAAAGAAGCCUGUUCCAGCGCGCCCACCUCCUCCAAAUAAUGUUCCACCUCCUAGACCCCCACCUCCAUUGACUGCUUCACCACCAAGAAAAAAGAAAACUGAAUCAGAGUUUGAGGCUCUUAAAACUCCUGAUCUAGAAGUUGCCAAAGAGAACGUUGUGUCUGAUACUCUCCUAACUACAAACAUAGUUUCAGAGAGCACAGCCAAGGAUUCUCAACCUUCUCUUGGUUUGGCAAGUGCUACCAGUAGAGAUAAAGUAGUUACUGCCCAGGAAAAUGGAAAAGCACCUGAUGGGCAGACAGUAGCAGGUGAAGUGAUGGGCCCUCAGAGACCUAGAUCCAACUCUGGGAGAGAGCUUACUGAUGAGGAAAUUUUAGCCAGUGUAGUGAUUAAGAACCUGGAUACCGGAGAAGAAAUACUUUUGAGUCUUGCGGAAGAGAAACUGCCCACAGGUAUUAAUCCUCUCACUCUACACAUCAUGAGGAGGACUAAGGAAUAUGUAAGUAAUGAUGCGGCACAGCCAGAUGAUGAAGAGAAAUUACAGCCUCAGUCAACAGAUGCUGAUGGUGGAAGGUUAAAACAGAAAACAUUGUUUUUGCUUUUGUUUUCAUUAACUCAACUAAAGAAGUUCCUAGGAAAAUCAGUAAAGAGAGCAAAGCACCUUGCUGAAGAAUAUGGUGAACGUGCUGUAAAUAAAGUUAAAAGUGUUAGAGAUGAGGUGUUUCAUACUGAUCAAGAUGAUCCUUCAUCAAGUGAUGAUGAAGGAAUGCCAUAUACUCGACCUGUUAAAUUCAAAGCAGCACAUGGUUUUAAAGGACCUUAUGAUUUUGAUCAGAUCAAAGUGGUACAAGAUCUUAGUGGUGAACAUAUGGGAGCUGUUUGGACCAUGAAAUUUUCUCACUGUGGCCGAUUACUUGCCUCAGCUGGACAAGACAAUGUAGUGAGAAUAUGGGCUUUAAAAAAUGCUUUUGACUAUUUCAACAAUAUUCGAAUGAAAUACAAUACUGAAGGGCGUGUGUCCCCGUCACCUUCUCAGGAAAGGAAUUCAUCGAAAUCUGAUACAGAAACAGGGGUAUGCAGUGGAACUGAUAAAGACCCUGAUGAUAAAAAUGCACCAUUUCGACAGCGGCCAUUUUGCAAAUAUAAAGGACAUACUGCUGAUCUCCUUGACCUUUCAUGGUCUAAAAACUACUUUCUGCUUUCUUCUUCUAUGGAUAAAACAGUCAGGUUGUGGCACAUUUCCAGAAGAGAAUGUCUUUGCUGUUUUCAAUAUAUAGAUUUUGUCACUGCCAUAGCUUUUCAUCCAAGAGAGCAUUUGAAAUACCAUACACAAAUACAUGUCCAAUCUACCAGAGGGCACAACAGAGUAGGAAGAAAAAUUACUGGCAAUGAGCAUUUACCUGGAGAAAAUAAGAUACUGGUAACUUCAAAUGACUCCAGAAUCAGACUGUAUGAUCUUAGAGAUUUGUCACUGUCCGUGAAGUAUAAGGGUUAUGUCAAUAGCAGUAGCCAGAUCAAAGCAAGUUUCAGCCAUGAUUUUACUUACCUCGUUAGUGGCUCAGAAGAUAAAUAUGUUUAUAUUUGGAGUACUUACCAUGAUUUAAGCAAGUUUACUUCAGUCAGAAGAGAUCGCAGUGACUUCUGGGAAGGUAUUAAAGCUCAUAAUGCAGUUGUUACGCCUGCAAUCUUUGCUCCAAACCCAAGUUUGAUGUUAUCUUUGGAUGUGCAGUCUGAAAAAUCAGAAGGCAAUGAUAAAAAUGAAGAUCCUGAAGUUUUGGAUCCCACACCCUCUGGUAUUAUGAAGACAGAUAACACGGAAGUUCUGCUCUCUGCUGACUUCAUCGGAGCAAUCCAAGUGUUUAUUAAUAAAAGGAAAAAUGUAUCUUAA